AUGCUCCAAAACAACCUCAUCCGCAUCGUAUCCCAAAACCGUCUUUGCACCGGUGUUAGGAUUAAGGUCGUCUGCAGAGUCGAGACAAUAUCCCUUGCCAAAGCCGCGGGUUACGACACGGUGUUCAUCGAUCUCGAAUACUCGGUCUUUUCAGAAAAGGACGCCAGCAGAUUGUCCUCGGCGGCGCUCGCCGCCGGUGUCACGCCAUUCGUUUGUGUGCCGUAUAAAUGUGGGCAGGGCUAUGUCCAAAGAGUGCUCGAUGGCGAAGCGUUUGGAAUCGUCUCCCCGCAUAUCAGCACCGUCGAGGAAGCAAAGCAAGUCGUGGCAUACACAGAUUUCAGCCCCAUGACAAGCGAUCCUUGA